AUGGCGCCGACUACCCACGUUCAAUGCAUCGAGUUACGGCAGCUUCCUCUCCUACCUACAGACAGAGAGCAUAGCACGCCAAAUGACGAUAUGUUUCCGCCCCAUUCACACCCCGGGCAUCCGGGUGUGUCCAGCCAUUCGUCAGGACUCGCCCAUCCUGAACGCACUGGAUCGUCUUUCCCACCCGAUGAUGCAAUCGUAGCCUUGCAGACAUGGAAAAGUUCACGUUCGAACGUUAUCCGAACCUUGGCUGUCUUUUGGAGUUUAUUGGUAAUGGGAGCAAAUGAUGCCUCAUAUGGUGCAAUCAUUCCUCAUCUGGGAAAAUAUUACGACUUACCGUACUCCUUCACGUCUCUGAUCUUCCUUGCGCCUUUCAUAGGCCACACGCUCUCAGCCAUUUUGAACAACAGUCUGCAUGAGAGUUUUGGGCAAAGAGGCAUCGCAAUUAUCUGCUCUCUCUGUCACCUAGCAUCGUACAUUGCCAUCUCACUACAUCCACCGUAUCCAGCAUUAGUUUUUAUCUACAUGUUGGCUGGCUUGGGCAACGGCAUCGGUGAUGCGGCUUGGAACUCGUGGGUCGGGAGUCUGGCGGACUCUAGUCAUGUCAUCAGUCUGAUGCAUGCUUGUUAUGGUGUCGGCGCUGUCCUCGGCCCAAUGACGGCAACUGUAAUGAUCAGCAAAGCUCAGCUUCCAUGGCAUACGUUUUACUACUUCAUGGCUGGUCUGGCUAUGGUAGAGCUAGUUCUGACUCCCUCCGCCUUUUGGUCUGCUACUGGAAGUGCAUACCGUGAAGAGAACCCCAAGGGUCCAGAACCGCGAGAGUCAAUUGUCCACGAGACAUUGUUCAAACUUCCUUCUGCCCGGGUUACUUGGCUAUGUGCAGUAUUCGCUCUUGGCUAUGUCGGACUGGAGGUAUCUCUUGGCGGUUGGAUCGUCACAUUCAUGUUGCAGGUUCGCCACGGAGAAGAAUUUGCCAGCGGUAUGACAGCCACCGGUUUCUGGGCGGGACUGGCUCUGGGUCGAGUUGCCUUAGGUCUUGUGACUCCUCGAGUGGGCGAGAAGCUCGCAGUCAUGCUAUACCUCGGCGCCGCCGUUUGUUUGCAGCUUUUGUUCUGGCUUAUUCCCGAGUUCUUUGUUUCCGCAAUCACCGUAUCGCUCCAGGGGUUCUUCCUCGGGCCCCUGUUUCCCACCAUGAUGGUAGCCAUCACAAAGCUACUACCGAGGCACUUACAUGUCAGUGCUAUCGGUUUCGCCAUUGCUCUUGGAGGUAGUGGCGCUGCUAUCCUGCCAUUUGUAAUUGGAUCUCAGGCUCAGCGCCACGGUGUGCAAGUCUUAUCGCCGAUACUGCUCGGGGCGCUGGCAUUCUUGUUGUUCACCUGGUCCUUCUUACCGAACUUUGGUCGCAAACACGAGUAA